AUGCUCAAGUAUCACGCCACACAAUACUUUAUCGAGGCGUACAACAGUGUUGCCAACACAUAUCCAGUCAACAAUACAUUACUCAAAGUGGCAUUACAAUAUCAGAACAUCACAGUCUUUAAUCAUCUACUUGCCAACACCAACAUGUCACUAUCACCAAACUUAGCAUUGGAGCUUCAGUAUGUGAUCAAGUCUGGCUCGGCUGACUUGCUUCGCUCAUACCACGCGAUCACUGGCAGACGCAGUGUGUCACUGUGCAUGAACAACCUGUUGGAGGCCAUCAAACACAAUGACGUUGAGUUUGUUCGACAACUCAUUCAGAUCAGUGGUCCAUUGUCAAAGAUGGACACCAAUCUAGGAUAUCCUACUCAACUCCCGUCGAUCGAUGUUGAGAUGAUCAGUAUUCUCAACAAUGAGUGUGAUGGCAUACUCUACACCCAAUCCGUCGCGACCAUGAUCUUGGAACGUUGCAAAAAGGACUGUGAUGCAGACACUGUGCAAUAUGUGUUGGACAACAUGCCGCCGCACUUCAACCAGGCGCACCAUUUUGUCAGUGCCAUAACCAAUGGCAUAUAUCGUAGUUUGCAGAAAGGACACCUUCAACAUCUUCAGGCACUCCUGCACACACCAACCGGUAUCAAAUAUCUUGAGAGCACAAGUGGAGGCGGAUUGCCCAAGUACCUUGAAAGAAACAUCAUCGAGCAUCUUCUCAGCAUCGAGUAUGCCAACACAAUCUCAUCGGAUAAGCAGUCACUGCUCAAUCAAAUGAUGGCGGUGGAACUCGGUUCAUUAUCACCGUCUACUCUGAGUUAUACACCACUCGUACCGUUCCAUCGCGCGUUGGAGAUGAAUGAUGAUACUCUUGCCAUGGCCAUACUCGACAACAAUGAAGAUGCAUUUGGAAUGGAAUCAAAGGUUUGGAAAUCACGAAGUCUGAAGCAGUGGUCCUUCUUUGCCAGGUUGCGACCAAACUUCCAACAUCCAAUCAACCCUGAAACGCUCGAUGAUCUCAUCAAUGCGACAGGCGAAGGCCAUCUGUCACCAGAUCUAGCCGUCACAUACCUACGCAGCUCAACCAUUAGCCAAGACGAGUUUGAACAGAAGACUGGUAUGAUUAACAGGUCUGCAGCCAUCUCCUUAUCACUCAUGCAGGCAGUCCACGACCUGACCAAUAUGCCCUACACCUACAAGUGUCUAUACAGGGCAAUCAAGUACAAGUGUGAAGAUUCAAUGACCUACCUCCUCGAACUACACCAACAACGACAACUACACAAUGGUGAUUAUGAUGACGAGAGGGCACAACGCGCAAUGGGGGAAAUGGUUGAGCAUUGCAACACGACAAUCGACACCAUCGAGUUGGUGAGACGAUAUAUUCCAGAUCUGGUGAGCCAGCCUCAAUUGUGUGUCGAUGCUGUUGAAAACUUUGAAGUGUUCAAGCACCUACUGUCCAUGCACUCAAUCGAAGCUUUGGAUCAGGUUGUGGCAGAGAUCAUUUCAAAUGCAUGCCAAUCCGAUCGUCCAGAAGUAAUUGAGUUGCUGCAGCAAUAUUUCAAAGACAAACCUUUGCCAUUACCAUCAUAUGAGUCAUUGAUGACAGCGACCCUAAGCAACUCACACCACAUCUUGGAGCACUACUUUGUCACACACCGAUCAUUGCUCAAUGCCAUGCCCCGGCUCCAAUACCAUCGAACAAUCCUCUCCAUUCUCAAGAUGUCCUAUGAGCGUGGAUUCACUCGCAUCAUCCUGAUGUGCAACCCAUUGUUGGAGGACAUUCGAUCAAACAAGAAGAGGAAGUAUCCAGAUUCACAAUGUUUGGUUGAAGGACCAGGUGCCACUCCUCAAACUCAAUCAGCCAUUCACUCAGUGCUCUCAAACAACAAGUUGAUACUCAACAUCAUGUCACAAGUCAGAAUCAUCCACAGGGUCAGUUUGGGCAUCGACCAAAGGAAUUUGAUCAAAGGUCGACAACUACUGGAUAAUCACUCAUUGCUCAGUUACAUCAAGUAUGGCGCUGUUGAAUGGUUCAUCAAUGCAUUCAACACAAUGGUGGAUCACCGGUCCAUCAUUUCACUGGGUGAGACCUUGCUGACCUGUGCAACCAACCGAUGUGAUAUCCCCAUCUUAGAAUCACUCAUUCAAUGCGCAUACAUCAACACCAGUAGCAGUUUGCCUAUCAAUCCUUUGGUGGAACAUCUCUCGAAUUGCGCCCACCCACACUGGGACACCAUCCUCGAGGAAAUCGAGUUGUUGUCACCCUCCACAAUCAGAUAUCUCCUCUCUGAUUGGCAUCUGAUCAAGAGCACAUUGUUUCUUCGCAAGCUUCUCUCAUUGUCCGCCAGCCAAUUGACGUCUGAACUACCCAAAGGUCAAAUGUACAGAAACUCCAAUCAACCAUCAACCGAUUCAUUGGAGAUGUUGAAAUUUUUGAUCAGGAGCAACUUGAUCAAACCACACUCAACGUGUGGACACCUAUUAUCAUUGGAUAAUCAACUCAUUGCUCAAUACCUGGUCGAUACAUAUCCCGAAACAUUCAACAGUCUAUCCGAAAUCCUCAAAUAUUGUUACAGCUUACAUCCAGAAGUACUCAACAUACUUCUCACAUCAUUCACUGUCAAUGAUACUGAUCUGAUUAGUACAUUUACAAAUGCAGUGACACAUGGAAACAUGGAGACAGUAAGGUUUCUCAGUCCUUACCUCGAGCAAAGAGGAUGCUAUGACAAGAUCGAUAUUCUCACAAUGGUCCAAUCUGCACUUACAGUUGGAAGCCUGGAUUUGAUUGACUUUAUCCUCAGUGUGUCAGAGAAGGAUUUAGUCGACCGACAACAUAACUAUAUUGGUAUCAACGAUGUACAUCCCAAGAUCAUCUCAAUUGAAUUGAUCGAGCGACUACGUACAAUACCAAGGCUCAGAAUCUCGUAUGAUCUAUUUCUGGCUCGUGCCAUAACAGGUGGCAAACGUGAUGUCAUCGAAAUGCUCAUCCAGACACAGUUCCAAGUUAGCAAAUAUCAAAGGGUCUUGGCAGCUGCUGCUGACGUUGGAGACGUAGUCUCAGCCGCGAUGAUAAUGGAGAAGAAUGUGGUCUGCACACCUCUCCUAUUUUUGCAUAAUGCCGGCUGUUAUGUUGUCGAAGGACAACCAUACAAGUGGGCCAAAGUCCACCCUGAGGUGGGCAUGUUAAUUGCCAAGUACUACCAAGACAAAGGACAGACCAUCACGUGGAACGAAUGGUUUGACAUGGUGAUGGCCUGGAUUUGCGGACCAAGCCACUUGCCAUCAUCAAACUACGGCACACUGGACUUCAUGGUCUCCAAGCCAACUUUACGGACACAAUAG